UAAACAUCCACAACUAUGGCGGCGUAGUACUAGAAGCUACAGGGACGCGGUCAUAAUUUCGCUUAAUUUUCUAUAUUUUCGUUGAAGCUUGCAUUAGUCCCCUUUUGAAGUUACUUUAAAAUGUUUUAGAGUUUUGUUUGCGUACACUACAUCCCAGAAAUGGCAUCAUGGGCUGGCUUUUCGGACGAAGAGCUGCGGAGAAUACAGCUGAAAGAUCAAGCGAUGUCUACUCCAGGGAAUGGACGGGGCCGCAAACCGACUACCACCAACCGGAGUCGGCAACAGCUCCAGCGGGAACGAGCACUCAAACUCGCCGCUCAAACGACUGAGAACAACGAGACAUUACCACCCGAGCAGAAGCUCACCAAGCCCCAUUUGGCAUCACCUGCGCCCACAGUACCGACUGCCGUUGACACCAGAAAGGACGAGCCUGUGACUGUAAAGGCAGCUGCGGUCAAGCCUGUGACAGUAAAGGUAGAUUCGGUCAACAACCAUGAUACGGAGCUGUCGGUUGAAGUCAUACCAGCGGCAAAAGAGUUGGAUAAACAGGAAGUGGAAUUGAGGGAGCGAACUCGUCUGGAGAAACUGCAGCUUGAACAGCGAAUUAUGGAAGAGAAGAAUAAACAGAAGAAGGCUCUAUUAACCAAAACCAUUGCAGAGAAGUCCAAGCAGACUCAGGCUGAGGCAGUAAAACUGAAACGCAUUCAGAAGGAGCUGCAGGCGCUGGACGACUCUGUGUCCAAUGAUAUCAACAUCCUCCGCAAGCUGAUCGAGCAGGCCAGCCUGGACUACUCCACUGCAUGGAAGCGAUUUGAGCGCGCGGAGGCAGAGUACGUGGCGGCGAAGCUGUCGCUGCACCGGCACACCGACGUUAAGGAGCAGCUGACGGAGCACCUGUGCGCCAUCAUUCAGCAGAACGAGCUGCGCAAGGCGGCCAAGCUGGAGGAGCUGAUGCAGCAGCUUCAGCUCAGUGAGGAGCUGGAGAGCCAGCCACCCCCAGCACCCCCAGGGAAGGAGCAGCCCAGCAGCGCCCAGAGCCCUGCAUCGUCCCCCGGCAACGACUCCACCACCACCUCGACCACCACCACCACCACCACCUCGACCACCACAGCAGCAGGAGAUCCAGGCAGUAAACAGGGCUGUCCCGAGGCCAGCCCAGCCCCAGCAAGUGAGGAACCCCCCCAGGCGCCAGUGAGCACUGAGACUGCCGAGGCCCCACAAACCCCCCCGACCCCACAGAACGCCCAGGUCCCCCCAUCCUAACACCAGCACAGGCAAAAUCAUGGGCUCUUCUUAUCUUCUAUCUUUCUACCUAAAGACUUCUACCUAAAGACAUUUUUUACUGAUCCUUUUGGGAAGAUAUAUAUAAUAUUUUUUUAUAAUCUGUGUAAAUGGCUAUUCAAGGAUGUGUUUGUAUUUGUGUUUGUAUUUGUGUGUUUGUUUGUGUGUGUGUGUGCGCGAGAGGGGGGGGGGGGGGGUGUUUGGGGCUUACUUGGGUACUGCCGGCAGUGGUUGGGCUGUCUGUCUGAUCACAGGGGGACUGGGGAAGAAGAUGGCUUUAUUAUGGCAAAGCCUGUCGCGGCCCAUCAGCUCAGUAGGACCAUAGGCGUCUUUGUAGAUGCACUAGGAGCGCGUGGCGGUCCAUUUAGUCUCCAUCUGUCCGUGGAUUCACAACGGUUUUGUCUAAUAUGACUAAAUACUCUAUACACUAAAGACAGAAUGUGAUUUUUUUUUUUUUUUUCAGAUCACACUCACAUCCCUCUUUCAUGGCAAACAAUGCCAUGGCUUUCAUGUUAAGUGCCUGCUAUGACAUCAUCAUAGUGCGCUAGAAGCCCUACAUGUGUCUGUGUCAGACUGCUGCUGUCGGCCUGGUGAUCCAUGCCAUUCGUCACUCCCUGGCAGUUUAAAACAAAGAGCAGGGAGAAAUCCGAGGCCUUCCCUGUCUCCGAGUUUACACUGUAUAGGCAACAUGAAAACCGAAAUGUAAAUUAAAUUAGUAAUGUAUAAUGCAGCACAAAAACAUACUCCCCACUGGCAGUGUUGUUGAGGAGGCAGUGUUUCCAUUUCACUAGGCUAUAUUGUGCUGCAAAUGCAGCAACAGUUUGUUAACCAAAGAGAUGUAUAGAACAAUUGAGAAAUGCACAACAAAUGAAAGAUGUUUUUUAAUGUGUAGUUAUUUUUUACAUAUGGUUAUGUAUAUCACAGGCACCGUACUAUCCUGCGCAUUGCUUGCAUGAUUGGUGAAAAGCAGACGUGGCGAGAGAUUGGUGUCCCGUUGGUCGGUGCCCUGCGUCUGUGCCGUGGUAAGAUGAUCCGCCUGCGUCGGGAGGCCCUCUGGAUGUGGACUAUGUAUUGAUGAGCCAUAGUGGCCCUCUGGAUGUGGACUAUGUAUUGAUGAGCCAUAGUGGCCCUCUGGAUGUGGACUAUGUAUUGAUGGGCCGUAGUGGCCCUCCUUGUUUUCGUGUUUUUUCUUCUUUCGCUCGGUUUACUCACCGACGUCGGCGAAGCAAGCCGGUUUCCCUAGACACCCUGCUGUUCGUCUGCCAGAGAGUCAAAUGGGUGUACUGCUUUGCUCUCAGUCCUUAGUCCUCGCCUAAAACACAAACGUUCCUCCAGCGUUAUCCCACGCUGCACUGACAACAGGCCUAACUUACUACAUUUUGAUUUACGAUGGUGUAUUUAAGUGAGAUUGCUAUUUAAUUUUUUUUUUUUUUUUUAACCAGCGGUUUUUGUGUGGGUCCUCUUUGGUCUGGACUUAAUCUUUGUUUUAUUGGUCUAUAUAGUCUGUUGGUUGUGUCUUCAAAUUAUUGCCUGUGAAAGAAUUAGGUCUACAUAUAUUCUAGUCUGUUUUAUUUAAACAUGUUUAUUGUUAUUAUUACAGCCUGGGCUCAAAUGGAUUUUCAAAUUGUUGACCCUUAUAUAAAGUGGAUUUCAUGGGGACUUUUUUCCUUGGGUUGUUUUUAAUACAUGAAAUAAAGUAACCUUAUUAUAGCUUGUCUUUUUAACAUACCUUAUGGAAUUGCACAAUUGCCAGCUUGAGACCAAAUAUUUAGAUAGGUUGUCUCAACUUUACACUAGGCUACCGACUUUAUGAUUGUUUAAGGUGCUGUCCGAAUACGGUCUUAAGCUCUCUUGUCCGGGCAGUCCACCGGACAGCUCACAUGGCGGUUCAAAGCAACUUUAAGAGCGUUGUAAGUGUUCCUCAAACCGGCCCGGAUUUUUUUACUGCCGCCUGGUCCCAUCUGGUCGUCUGCAUGCGGCAGUGCCAUAAACUCAACUCAUUUAAUUAGUCGCUGCAAGCGGCCGCAAGUGUGCCCUCUGCCAGACAACCUCCACGCGCUUCCAAGGUCACACAAAUGGGCGACGUUUGUUUCUCUGCCCGUAAAUUAGGUUUCGCUGGACUUUCAACUCUUUGCUUAACUUUUUCAGCCCAACAUCUAGAAAAUGUAUAGGCCUAUUUAUGCUCUAUAGACAUGGGGAUAUGAAACAUGGAAAUGUCGGCCAUAUGGGAAAUUGCUUCUGUCAUUGGAUCAAAAUGUUAACAUUGCACUAAUAAACCAAUAAAUAAAUCCGCCCAAAUAAAUUAUUAAUUUCA